AUGAAAAUUAUGGUUGAAGUCAGGAAAACAGAUGAAAGAAGUUCCCUCAUAGAUAAAUGUGAAAAUUUAUCGGAUACUCCUAUAGAAAGAAAUGAAUCUUCACAUUUCCCUAUUACCAACGAAUCUAGAAACAUAUUUUCGCUGAUAGAUAACUUUCUCUGGGUUGAGCUAUCUUUGCUUACGAAUGUUUUCCUUUCUGGAUUUGACGGGACAGUGGCUGCUUCCAUAUACACCACCAUUGGCAAUGAAUUUGGAGCAAUGAAUUUAGCUUCUUGGAUUACCACUUCAUAUUUAAUUACUUCGACUGCCUUUCAGCCUUUGUAUGGAUCAUUUUCUGAUAUCAUUGGAAGAAGAAAAUGUGUGAUAUUUGCUAUUAUUUGCUUUUUAGUCGGAUGUAUUGGCUGUUCUAUAGCCAAAAGCAUGCUAGUGUUAAACUUAAUGAGAGCAUUUACAGGAAUUGGUGGCGGUGGUUUGAUAAAUCUUUCAACUAUUAUUAAUUCAGAUAUUGUUAUUCCAGAGAAAAGAGGUUUGUUCCAAGCUUGCCAAAAUCUACUCUUAGGGUUUGGUGCUAUCUGUGGUGCUUCAUUGGGGGGACUGAUUGCUCAGUCAUUAGGUUGGAGAUGGUGUUUCAUAAUUCAAAUUCCUCCAGCAUUAAUAAGUGUCUUCAUUAGCCUUAAUAAUAUUCCAAACCAACCAGGAUUUGAUGCUAUUUCUAAUUCCUCUAUGAAAGUUAUAUUUACAAAAAUUGACAUUAAAGGUUCCAUCAUAUUAGUAACAGCGCUCACUUUUCAACUUUUUGUUUUGACCUUAGGAGGGAAUGCCUUGAAUUGGAGCGAUUAUAGGUUAAUAUGUUUAGGAAUAAGCGGGAUUUCCUUGUUGGUAUAUUUUUUGUACGUUGAAUACAAUACAACAGCGAAUCCUAUAAUUCCUAUAAAAAAAUUUGAAGGGUUAUUUCCAAUUUGUCUUAUUGGUUUUAAUUUCUGGAUUGGUUUGGCAAGUUAUGCGUACCUUUUUAUUUUACCACUAUUAUUCCAAAUUGAACUUGGUGAUACUCCAACCAAAGCCGGGUUUAGACUUAUUUUUCCUGCACUUUCUACUCCUAUAGGUGGUGUACUUGCAGGUGUAACUAUGGCUAGAUUCAAUUGUUUGAGACUACUUGUUUAUUCUGGUUCAUUUAUUAUGAGUGUUGGUAACUUCCUUGUCUUACUAAUUAAUAAAAACACCAAGCCGUGGCUUUUGAAUCUUCUUUUGAUGCCGGCUAAUAUUGGUCAAGGAUUAGCGUAUCCGAGUAGUUUGUUCACUUUUAUUUUUGCUUAUGGAGCAUCGAACCAAGCGACGUCUACAUCUGUUGUUUAUCUACUGAGAAGUAUUGGAGGUGUGUGGGGUGUUGCUGGAGUUUCAGCAAUAAUUCAACUAAUUACCAACUAUAAAGUAUCCAAGGAUUUACAUAAUUUGGGAGAGUUAAACGAUGGUGAGAUCAAUGAAAUACUAAAUGAUUUGAAAAGGUCAACUGAGGCUGCAUUAAAGUUACAAGACAAUAUCAAAUGGAUUGUACUCGAAGAUUAUGAGUCUGCAAUUAAAAUAGGGCAGGCUGUCUCUGUCAUUUGCUGUGCACUAGCAUUUUUUUUAUUCUUUUUAAGUGACAUUUUAAAAACUAAACCCAAACUGGCGUCACUGUAA